AUGAACCCAAGCGACUUGGAUGAUGCUCUUCGUGAUCUUGAAAAGCAAGUGAAUGAAUUUACUAUGACAGUGGAUACGCCUGGACCCACCGGUGUGGUUACCGGUAGCCGACACCACCAACAACAACAGCCUCCUUCUUAUUCUAGGUCCCAUCACCCUUCUACAAUGCACGAAAAACAGCCAUCUGACAGCUAUCCCAUUCGACACGACGACGACGAUGAUGACAAUGUCUGUGUUGCACAACUACUCAAUGCCAAAGCGAAGAAUGCUUCUCCUCGUCCAAGCCGAUCCAACACCAUGAAGGGGUAUCGUUCAAGAGAUAGAAGCCCUGUACCCAACAUAUCCACUCUUCAACGAAGUGCUAGCAGUGGUGGCAGUAGGCGUCAUAUGCAUCACCAUAGCAACGAACCACCCGUUCCGCCGCUCCCGACGACUCAGCAGCAGCAUCAACAAACUACCGUUGACAAGGAUGAAGAGGAUUUACGUGCUGCUGUUCAAUGUGCUUGGGCUGUUUUGGAGUCUGGUAGUAGUGAUGGUGCCGAGAAAAAGCAGCCUCCACCAACAGCAGCCAUGGAUACACCCACAUCAGCACCAGCACCUCCCACAACUACCGCUGUCAACCAUGCCACCUACAACCGAAGCAUGAUCCGCACACUCACUAUCCGCAUCUAUAUCAAUGAUGGAUCAACACACAAAACCGUCCAAUUGACCAAUCUACUCACAACCGCAAUGGUGCUUCAAUAUUUGAAGAAGAAGGGGUUGCUUGAUAAUACCGAUGAUUGGGCUAUGUUUGAGAUUUGCAACAGCUAUGGAUUAGAACGACCUUUGAGACAAUGGGAAGUGGUGAUGGAUAGCGUAUCUACCUGGGAUCCUGAAAUGAAUAGCUAUCUUUUGGUCAAAAAGUAUAGGUAUUGCGAUUCCCUUGUUGCGGAUAGCGUACUUCAGAAACUGUAUCCUCCGCAUUAUGGAUGGCUGAAUGUCGAAUACAAGAAGGGCAAAUGGCAUAAGCGAUUCUGUUUUAUCAUGGACAAUGCUAUUCAUCAUUCAAAGGAUAGCAAAGGAACGAAUGCCGUAGUCUUGUGUCAGCUAUCAACAUUUGACGUGUACACCAUGCUUCAUCCUUUCCGAGAUGCACCUACUGAAUACGUCUUUGCAUUACGUGCACAAGAAAAACCACGUGUCUUUGAACGUUCCGAAGAUUACAUGAAGAUGUUUUCAGCUGAGGACGCGGAUUCAUUAAAAGAAUGGGUAUUGAGUAUUCGCUGCUCAAAGAGCGCCGUGUAUUAUCAACAGCAUCCCAAUCGUGUCACCAAUCCACUUUUGCCCGUUGACCUUAGCCGAGCCGAUUCUCCCUCAUCUCGAAACGAUGCAUCGGAUAUAUCCAGCCGAGGUGGUACAUUACGACGACAUAAAUCCACCCGCGAAAUGGCAGCUUCGUACAACAACAAUGAUGAAGAGCUCAACAAGAAAUACCCGGUCCCUAUUGAGAAUGGCAGAAGCACUUUAUCUCGACACAGCAGUCGACGUCGAAUUCCUGAUAAUCCAUUAAUUGAUUGCACCGAUCGAGAAACCUUUGCUAAAGGAUCUUUACUUGCCCAAAGCAACCAAGAAGAAGGCAACUAUCCACAACAACAACAACAGCAGCAGCAGGUGCCGCCACCUCUACCUCAACAACAGGCAAUGUCUCAAUCGAUACCAGAUGAUAAUGGUGGUGGAUCCACACUCAUUCAACUACAAGAUAAAACCCCCUUUGCUAAAGGAUCAUUACUUGCAAAAAAGACGGGCAUUGAACAACAACAACAACAACAACAUGUUAGCAGCAAGUUAUCUCGAUCCAAGAGCACACGUGAUACCACGGCACAUCACCAGGAUGACCAACCCGCACCAACACGUCGACAUGUGUCACUUCGGAGGAAACCCACCUCUUCAAGGGAUAAGGCACGAUGGCAACAACCUGAUGUCCCUAUGCCUGCUAUGCCAGGUGGAUCAGCCAUGCCAAGUAAUGGGCCGUUGCUUAAUUUGGAAGACCCUGAACAACUGCAUUCCAGGCAAUUGAUGGAACGUCAAAUCAAACCCUUGGUCAAUUUUGCUACAUCGGAUUCUCGAGGACGUCGAUAG